CUUGAAUUUUGAGCGGCAAUUUAAGUCAAAUAGCAAUGCCUGACUUAAAAUGUCCAUUCCUGUGAAUCACUUAGGAGCGACUAAUAUUGUGUUGGCUACUGAUAAUCCACGACAAUCUUCCACUUGUUUAGAAUCAGUUUCUGUUCAUGAUAAAACUGAAGUGCAUGUUGGAAGUCUUGGUUUAGGAACAGCCUUAGCCGUUGCUUAUGAUCUAUGCAGUGAUAAUGGGAUUGUGAAUCAGUUCAAUACCAACGCUAAUUUAUGUGCCUCAAAUCCUCAACUUGCAAAUUUCCUUUCAUUAUCUGCAAUCAAAUCACCGAAUUCACAAUUUUCGACUCAUUGUCGUAGUACAUCUCUAUCUGACCAACAUACAUAUAAUAUUUAUUCUAAUUAUUUUACAAAUAAUUCAUUAUGGACAUUACAACAUACUGAUAGUUACCUAACUCCUAUCUCAUCUGCAUCUACAAUAUUUGAUGGUUCUAAUUCAAUAAAAUCACUCGCAAAUGAUAAUGAUCAUUCCAAAUCUAUUUCUUCCACUUGUGAUUUCUCAAAUAAAAAUAACUAUUUUCCUCAUGUCUCUCUUGAUAGUAGUGUAUGCCAACCAAAUGAUGUAGUUUGUUCAAUUGGAAGCAUGAUUGAUGGUCAUUACAAUAAUAAUCACAACAAUAUUGAUACCAGCCCAAAUGUUUCUAAUUUACCUACUUCAUCGAGUGGACAGAAGAUUAAUACAAAUAAUUCAGAUAAUGAGUGUAUAGGUAUUAAUCAAGGAAUUACAUCAAAUAAUUACGACAAUAAUAAUAUUGUUUUGAAGGAAACGACAGAUACAAAUCAUGUUACUUCCUCAUCUACUACUUCUAUUGAUGACAGUUUAUAUCAGUUAUCUGAGGAAGAAAUGAAAGAAAUAGAUACAUCACUUACAACAAAUGCCGAUCUCAUGGCUAGUCGUCAAUGGAAGUAUUAUAUUGAGACAAAUGAAUGGACACGUGCUACCUGUGCAUUGAUGGCAUGUUUAUUUACUAGAGAUCAAAUGGCUAAUUCAACUGUUUUAGGUCGUGGUGGUUCACAACGUGCCCGUCUUCCAAGCAAUCUAGUUGCCUAUGUUGUCACUACAAUCCGUCGACGAUUCAAUAAACCAGCCGCAGCUGUACGUGCUCGUAUGGCACAGAAAUGUAAAGAUGAACGACGUUUUGGUCGGAUACCUAAUUCCAAUGGAAAUUCAUGUAUAGAUGGAAAUUCUGAUUGUAAUAAUACACCAUCACCAGUUGCUGCUAUUUCAUCUAGUCGAUCAGGUACAAGAAAAACUCGUAAACGACCAGCUAAUUCAACAUCAACAUCAUCAUGUUCAUCUCAUUCAUUAAAUGGUAUAAAACAACCAUGUACACCAAAUUAUAAUAUUUAUCAAAUGAAUAUUACCAAUGAUGAUUGUUGUUCAUCAACAACAGAUUCUAAUCAACUUCCACCGAUAAAUUUAUCACCUAAUGGUAUGAGUUUAAGUGGUAUCGGUGAUGAUGUCAAUGGAGAAUAUGAUUGUAUGCUACAAACAUCUUUGGAUGAUUCAUUUACAUUAUUAGAUCAAUCUGAUGUUGUGAACUAUCCUCAAAUUUAUCCGCUUGUUAAUCAUAUCACAACAAUCCCAUCAUUGUCAUCAUCAUCACCAAUAAUUACAAUGACUAAUGGAGUAAAUAAUAUCAAUGGUUCAUGUAAUCUAUCUAAUACAUCGUGUAUAUCAAUAUUUUCCAAUGAUCCAUAGGCACACAUUUUAUGGUUACUAUGUAAAUGGAUUUCUUCUUUUUUUUUAAAAAAAAAUUAUAAUACUUGAUUCAAAUUGUCUACUUGUAUGUGAAUGUGAGAAAAUAAGCAAAUCAUCAUCAUCAUCAUCAACAACAACAACAACUAAUCAACUAACAGUUACCCCCUACAUACAGUUAGUUACCGGGUAAUAUUAUUCUUUCAAUUUCUUCAUCUGUAAUUCGGUUGUGCUGUUGUUAUCAUUAGCCUUCCAUUUUCAUUUUAUUUAUUUCUUUAUAUUUUUCUAAAUGUAUUUUUAUUGAAUCAUCAUAAGUAAAUAAGUGAUGUGUUUUUUUUAUUCAGAUGUCAGAGAGAUAAAGAGAAAAAGGUAGAGGAGAUAAGAGUAGGUACCUUUUGAAGAUGAAUUCCGAAAUCAAUGCCUACAAGAACAGUAGUUAUGGUUGUUGUUGUUGCUGUCUGAAAUAAUACUUACUAUAAAAUCUACAAUAUAUUUUUGAUAUUUUCUAUCAAUUAUUCAAUCGAAUUAUUUCAUUUAGUUAUUUCGAAUAUAUAUUAGAUGAAUAUGUCAUUCACACUAUUGUGCCUAAUUCUCAAUUUGACCCAUUCUUUCUCUCCAUGUGCGUGCACGUGUGUGUGUGCGCGUGCACAUAUGUGCGUGCGUGCGUGUGUAACUUCCCUUUUUUGUAUAAAUCAUAUUUGGAUUAUUAUUAUUAUUAUUCAUUAUUGUAAUGUGUUAAUAUGGAUUCAUUAAGCAGUAAAAAAAGGUGGUUACUAAUGCUCACCAUGAUCCGGUCAUUGUUUAUUUUGAUAUCU